AUGGUGUUCACCCAGGACUCUCCUGCGCCCACACUGUGGCCUGUGCCGGGAUCAUGGGCCAUUGGCCAAUGCAAGCCUGAACAUUGGCUGAGUUUCCCGCUCAGGAUGAUGAAAAUGAUUAAUGGAAUAACAUUAUGUGGAAAUCCCAGGCAUCUAGGUGAUUUAGUACCCCCUGGAAAAGGAAAGAGCUCUCGACCCAGGGUUAGAAUUCCCAGGUUUGGUCUAGACCCUGCUUACAACACCACCAGCUCCCUCACAGGGCUUGGGAAGGCUUUUGGAAACGGCUUUGAAAACACAGGGCACUACCACCUGUGUAUCUCCUGUUGUUGCUUUGCUUUUCUUGAGUCUUGGUUUACACUGAAAAGCAAAACCCAUCCGAUGGUGCCCCGCUUCAGAUCAAUGUGCGUCUCUGCAGAGGGCACCCAAGGGAACACAGUGGCGAUGCUUCAUGGUGGAGGUGUGAUGGACUGCCCACAGAUUCUGUGGCAGUUGGGAACCAGCGUGAUGUUGCCCCUGUCACAUGAAAGGAUGAAUAAGAGCAUGAAUGAAAGCAUCCACAUCGUCGUCUCAAUGGCAAAAUCACCAGGGGAUAUCAACAAGAAGAAAAUAGUGUCUCUCGGUCCGUCUGAAGCAGGCUUACCACAUUACCUGGGAAACCGCUACAAGUUCUAUGUGGAGAACCUCAGCCUGGGAAUCCUGGAAAGCAGUGAGGAUGAUGAGGGCUGGUACUUUAUGACCGUGGAAGAAAACAUUUCUGUUCAACACUUUUGCCUGCAGCUAAAGCUUUAUGAGCAGGUCUCCACUCCAGAAAUUAAAGUGAUAAACAAGACCCAGGAGAACGGGACCUGCACCCUGAUGCUAGGCUGCACAGUGGAGAAGGGGGACCAUGUGACUUACAACUGGAGUGAGAAGGCAGGCACCCACCCACUGAGCCUGAGCCUAGCCAACAGCUCCCGCCUCCUGUCUCUCACCCUCGGCCCCCAGCAUGCUGGCAACAUCUACAUCUGUACCGCGAACAACCCCAUCAGCACCCGCUCCAAGGCUUUCCACCCAUGGUCCAUGUGUGAGCCAGGGUCCUUAGAUCCAGGACCUCCAGGACUGUAUCCUGGGCUGUUUUUAGGGGGUGUCAUUGUUGUCAAUGUGAUUGUCAUCACGAUGGUACUACUACUGUUGAGAAGAAGAGGUAAAACGAACCAUUACCAGCCAGCAACGGAAGAAAAAAGCCUCACUAUUUAUGCCCAAGUCCAGAAAUCAGGUCCUCUUCAGAAGAAACUUGACCCCCUCCCAGCUCAGGAUCCCUGCACCACCAUUUACGUUGCUGCCACAGAGCCUGUCCCAGAGCCCGCCCAGGAACCAAAUUCUAUCACAGUCUAUGCCAGUGUGACACUUCCAGAGAGCUGA